AUGGACAGUUUAAAUUUAAACCAUGAUUCUGGUUUGGAGACUGGAAGCACCUCCAUGAACAGCGUUAGAGAGCGUUCCAGUUGUGAAGCCUCCUGUGUCGAUUCUGCCGACACUUACAAUUUGACUGAGAUUGAAGAUGAAGAUACAUGUGAAUAUCUGCAAAGGAGACAGUCUGAUGUUCUCUUGUACAAUAACGAUGUAGAUGUAGAUGAUGAGGUGUACUCCAGACGUUAUGCUAAUAAAUGUGAUGAAUACUCAGGUCGGCCGAGUGGUACCAAGGCUACCAGUUCAGGAAAGUCGACACCUAGACAUAAACCUAUGGAGCUUGUUGUGUCCCACAGCAGUCAAACGUUAGUUUUGAAAUCAUCUAGUCGUGUCAUGUCUGAUGAACAUGAUACUUAUUCCCCGGAGGAGGAUCUUAGUUUUUUGCGGCAUGAGCACUCAGCUGAUAUGACGCCUGAUGAAUUCAUGAUGGAGGAUGUUAUGUACUUAACGGAUGACCAGAAUAAAAAGUAUGAUCAGAGUUUACAUUCAGUGAUAUCUAAGUCUUCAACUAAAGAAGAGAAGCAGAGACAGAACGAAGAGAUUGUUAAUUUGGAAUCUUCGUCGAUUUCCUCUGAAACUGGAUCGUGGGAGAGCGUUUUUCCUAUGAGGAGCAACCAAGAAGCUAGAGAAAUGUGUGCGACGUUUCUUAUGAACGAGAAAGAUUUUUGCUCACGAGAUGGCAAAAUAAAAGUUAAUACUGGUUAUAGAUCCUAUCCUGCCUCAAGACACUCCACGCCUGUUAAACAUAAUGCUUGUUUUAUAGACGCCGCAUCUUUGGUUGAUGAUGUUGACGUUUGGCAAACAAAUUUUGAAGCUGGUACUUCAACAAUUAAACCGACAUCAUUAAACUUCAAUCACUCCAAUCCUAUUAAUAUUUUUAAGCCUGAUAAGUUUCAAAACGAGUUAUCAGUGUCGGAGUCUUUUGAAACUAAAACAAUAAAGAAAAAUAAACACAAAGAUUCAAGUACCUCGGAAUCAAACAGUUAUUCAGAGCAUAAUGGUGUGACGGAGUUUUUCGAACAACAAGAUUUAGAUUUUCAUACUCGGUUUGAAAUGUGUAGGCUGACUGUUGAUAAAAUCAGCUCGGAUACGCCAUCGAGUAGUCCUUUAAACGACCUGCAACAAAAUAAUGAUGAUAUGACUGCAAAGUGUUUGGAUAUUGAAAAUCUUGAAGCCGACUCAACACAAUCUACAACUUCUGACACCAACAAUGAACUGGAAUCCACAAAAGCUAACACAACUUUCACAUUAAACGAUUCAUCAAAUACUGAUGCAUCAGAUGAAGCACCUGUUGUAAUUGAUAAAAACUUUCUCACAGACAAUAUUGUUUUACCGGAUACACCACAUAAUUCGAUAAUCGAAGUUGACUGUAAGGAUUCACCAUAUAAAACCCAAAAGUACUCAGAAGCGUCACCUAUUAUUUCAGGUGGUGCCAGUGUUAAAGAUUUUGUUCCUAAGAUUCGUGCAAGUCCGUUGAUCAGAAAAAAAUUCGACGCUACUCCUAUUUUGUCAGGAGCAUCUGCUGCUUACGAAGUGCAAGAGAAGUUUGAAGAAAAACAAAGAAGAAAGCUGUCGACAAGUUGUGCUUGGAUUGUUGAUGUGAGUGACUGUUCCAGCACUUCUUCUUUGGAUUCGAGAUUGAAUCGUGAAACAUCCAGGCGCGACUCUACGUCUUCACAUAAAUCUUCUUUAGGAUUUUUCGUCGAUUUUAACGAUAAAAAAUCAAAUAGUGACAACUCCAGUGACGAAAGCAAAGGCAGAAGUUCUUCAGAGGAGAAAAGAUCCUUGGGUUAUUUUAUUGACUUGUCUCAUGAAGAACCGGCUAAACCAAAAACACCUCCAUCUGCCGACAAAUCUAUGUUUUCAAUGUUCAUAGAUUUUGGAGAAAAGUGUGUCAAAAGCAUCCCUGAUAGAUUGGCUAUGUCUUUACACCAGAGAGCACGAUCAAAAAGUAUUGCUGUUGAAGUCAAUGGAACAACCAAAUCUAAACAGGGAAUGGCUAGAAGUUUAGGUAGAGACAACACUAAUUCCUUGCCGAGACGGAAUGGUAAAAAGGAGAUUAUUAAAACUCCUGAACACUCACAAAAGUCAACAGGUGAAGCAAGUGGAAAUAAAAAUGGGACAACAACGUUUCUUAGUCUACGUAAUUUGGAUGAUAAGAAAGUUACUAGUUUUCUGGAUAGCAGUGCACAGGAUGGCAAGGCUGAUGGGCUGAUUCAAAUACGUAGAAGAGACAAGAUAAACUUAAAACAAUUGAAAGCGCCUGAAUUUGUUAAGGAACCUCUGGGAAUAAAUCAACAAAAUGGUGAAGCAAAUAUAAAUAAAACCUUAAAUGAAGUUCACGUCACCGUCGUUGAAAAACAAAAACCAGUUGACCAAGACAAUGUUCCAAUUGUCAAACAACUUGAAGACACUUUACCAAACAUGGACAUCAAUGAAUCAACUAAGCGGCAUUCCUGGAACCUUCCUGAAGCACCAAAACCGCCACAAAGAUUCCACAAACGUGCCCAAAGCGUUUCAGAAAACAGUCUUCCACAAACUUUAAUAAAAUCAAAAGUUGGCUCCACUUAUUCAAUUGAAUCAAACUUGAGCGACUUUUCUGGACGUUCUGGUUUGAGUUCAGGAUCAAGCAGCGGCUACGCUAGAAUGAGCGAUGUUAAUAAAAAACAUAAAAAGGAUUGUAAGAUAAAUGAAACUUUUGAUAAAAGUAGUCCAGGAUCGCAGACUGAAGGUGUGUUGACUGACACUGAUGAAGAUUUGACUUACCAGAACGAGCAGAAUCCUGAUACUGUUGAUGGAAAAGUUGUGGAUGAUACAAAAGUUGUUGAAGUUGCAGUUGUAACCGAGACUAAACCUGCUCCAAAAAUAGGAUAUACAUUAAACUUGGAUAGUGAUGAAUACUUGAAAAGGAGCAAGGAUAAAGUCAAAACUCCUCAAGGUGUUAAAAUAGGCUACACUUUAAAUUUACCAGAGGAUGAGUCUCCUAACAACAAAGUUAUCAACAACGUUGCCCAUACUAUGGAAACCUUACAAGCCAAGAUAGAAAAACAAAAACAGCUACUAGCGACUGUUUCAGAAAACACAGAGAUGAACACGGUGAUGACGGAUUCUGGUAAAUUUGUCAGGUUGUCGGAUUUGGAUAAGCCUUUGCCAAAAGUGGAUCUGGUUAAUGAUAAACUGAUGUCGAGUUCCACAGGUUCGAAUAGGGUUUAUAAAUUGUUUGCUAAUAAUUAUGAGAACAAGUAUUUUAUGUCGAGGUCUAUUGGGAAUCACACUAAUUUGAUCACGUCUGAAGAAAAUUCUAGAAGUCUCAGCAGGCUGUUUCCUCAUUUGAGCAAAGGUUUCAGUAGUAGUUUACCGAAUGGUGUCAAUGUCAACAUGCAUUUUAAUCGUAGUCCUCUGGAACUCGAUGACUUCACCUCGGACAUCAGUGUUGGUUCCAGUUUGAGUUCCAGCAUGGGAAAAUCAGGAAUGGAUCUGAGUGCAGAAGACAGUUUGUCCAGGCAGCCGCGUCGUCUGGGUGAAGACUUACUGAGAAUGUUUUUGGAAGAAAUAAGUCCAGACGUUUCAAUAGACGUAUCGGGACGUGUUCUCCGAGCUCACAAAUGCAUUUUGAGAUCACGAUGCCAAUAUUUUGCUGCCACCCUUGCUGGCAAUGAAGUUGAGACCAGGGGAAAUGUUAUUGUCAUGGAUGGUUAUACUUAUGGAGCUGUGCAUUUUGCUUUGUGCCAUAUUUAUUCUGGUGCUACGAGACCACCUGAGGGUAUCAGUUUGCAGGAGCUGGCUUCUCUAGCUGAUCUUUUGGGUCUGGAAGGUCUAAAGGAAGUUACAUCACAUGCUUUGAAGUCGACUUAUUGUCAUAUGUUUCACAAACCUUGCGAUGAGUGCAUAGCAGGAGUGUGCAUGGUGCUGCCUCUUGCGGCUGGUCACGGCCUGGACGAACUGCACGCGCGUUGCGUCCGAUGGCUCUGCAGGCACUUCCUGAGGGUGUGGCCCACCAGGCCUUUUGCUACACUGUCCACGGACUUGAUGGAAAGGGCCAGGAGACACAUCAUUGCACAUCUGAGUCCUGAAAACGUCUUGGGUACAGUUCUGGAUUGUGAAUGCUUGCUAAGCGAACUACCAGAAACACGAUGGGCUACUCGAGUUGAAGCACUUACUUUGUCAUUGUUGGAACAUGCUCAUAUGUUUGUUGCUGAUAAAUUCCCUGCUAUACUAACUGCUAACAGUUUCUUGUCCCUGGGUGGACUGAUGUGGAGAAACGUAUCUCGUCUACGGACAACUUUAAAUGAAGCAGCUUGUACAUUGGCACCAGAACAAGCUUGUAGAAGUUACCAACGUCUGGCCAGGUUGGGAACAUUAGUCAGGUGCGGAUUGAGCACUUCUGGAUUGUCUAAAAUGACACCUGAUAAACAUAACAACCAGAUUGGAGAGAAGAUUUUUGAGAUCAACCAGAGUGUGAAUGAUGGGUCGGGGGAUAUGGAUACUUCUUGGCAUCCAGAGUUUGUCAGUCUGGUAGAAGAGUUAACUUCCUCGGUGGAGCGAUGUUUGGCAAAGCAAGGUUCGAGAGCCACAAGAGCCAUUUCUUGGUCGAGACUUGAACCGAAGUUGAGGCGACGAAUUCAAGAACUGAUGACUGCCAAUGGAAACAGUCAUAAUUUUGGAAAUAGUAACAACGAUUUGAGAAUGGCAGUUGACAAUAGGAAUAGGACGCCGAGAAGUGCCAGGAGUACAAGUUCGACCCGUAGCCAAGACUUAAAACAAAUUCGUCAAGUGAUCCACGCGAAUGCGACACGAGCUUUGUCCCAAGACAACAAUCGGCAACUGUAUGAUAAUAAUCGAGAUGUUGUCCAUAAUGCUUCAUCGAACAAUAAACAAAAUAUCACUAAAAUUCAAAACAACAUUACCACAAAGACUGCGACUCAGAAUAAGAGUUUACCAGUUCCGCAAAAGUUUGAUAAAAAUCAGGGAAUUAGGAAUUUGAAGAAUCAAGCUGGAAGUAUUAGUAAAAGUUCAUCCAAUAAGAGUAUACCAAUAGAAAACUCUAAAUUGAAGGCUAAAGGUUCGGUUAAACCCGCAGACACGGCUAAACCUGCAAGCAACAGACAAAGAUCACAAUCUGAAGUAAUUGUUAAAACAACGAAGUCUUAUGAACUAAAAGCUUUAUCAGCUCGUGUCGCCCAUGCUAAGCCGAGGUACUUAGAACCGCGAAAGCGGGAUUUGGAGCAGCAAGCACCGAUCAAAAAGAACCAAAACAUGAAGAACAAAUUGCUGUCUUCAAGCGACAUCAGUCGCACUCCAAGUCCCAAAGGUCGUGUUGUCAAAAAAGGUGAGUCAAGUAACAUGUCCUUAGACAGUCUGGCAUCAUCGCAAAGACUGAAAACAAUGUCCACAGACUCUUUAACACCAACAAUGGAUGAAGGCGACAACCGAUUAAGUUGUGCAAAACAAAAACCAAAAUUCGGCGAUAAGAAAACUAAUAAAAACAUCACGUCCUACAAAGCGACUAACAAAAUACCUGUCAAGACAAAUUUUAAAGUUAGCAGGACUUUAACGAGUCCUACGAAGAGUUCUGCUGCCAAGAUGGUCCCGACUAAGAAGAAGGUGGUGAACGAGAAGAAGAAGAGUGAUCCGAAUAAAGAAAAGGAGGCUCCGCAAAAAAUUAUUCCGCAGAUGGAACGGUCGGGAACUUUUGUUAAGGAAUUAGCUACUGAGUAAGUUAGAAAAUAUACACAUAGUU